GAAAACAACUGGGUUGCUGUUAAAAACAUCCAAGAGAACACUACAGACCAAUGAGUAGAAUCAAUAAGAACGUGCUUUUGGCCCUUUUAACACUGACAAGCUCUGCAUUUCUGCUGUUUCAGCUAUACUACUACAAGUACUAUUUGUCAGCAAAGAUCUCUCUUCACUAUACUCUAUGCCUUGGGAGGCUGGCCUCUGUGGACUGCAUUAGCUGAGCUCCCUUGUCUUUUGGUUUCCAGUUGGGUUCAACCAAUGGGAAACAUCAGCUGGAGAUUGGAGACUAGGAAGACAAAGAGAAUGGAACUGGUUCAUCAAAAUCCAAGGGAAACCGAAUUGGAUUUGAUAGUACACAGUGGCGUGCAGUUAAGAAAUUUAUUAUGCUGACAUCCAGCCAAAAUGUGCCAGUGUUCCUUAUUGACCCCUGGAUUCUGGAAUUGAUUAAUAAAAAUUUAGAACAAGUGAAAAAUGCUUCUCAAGGCUCAGCUUCAGACUGCCGAUUUUUGUGUGUUCCGAGAGACUUCACUGCAUUUGCACUGCAGUAUCACCUGUGGAAGAAUGAGGAUGGCUGGUUUCCGAUAGCUGAGAAUAUGGGAUUUCAGUGCUUAAAGAUUGAAAGCAAAGAUCCUCGACUAGAUGGAAUAGACUCACUUUCUGGCACUGAAAUCCCUCUGCACUAUGUCUGUAAGCUGGCCACUCAUGCCGUCCACGUGGUGGUCUUUCAUGAGAGAAGCGGUAACUACCUCUGGCAUGGUCACCUACGACUCAAAGGACACAUGGACAGAAAGUUUGUUCCUUUUCGAAAGUUACAGUUUGGUCGUUAUCCUGGAGCUUUUGACAGGCCAGAGUUACAGCAAGUUACUAUUGAUGGACUAGAUGUGCUUAUUCCAAAAGACCCAGGACACUUUCUAGAAGAAGUACCACACUCCAGAUUUAUCGAGUGCAGGUAUAAAGAAGCUCGGGCAUUCCUUCAGCAGUACCUUGACGAUAAUAGUGUGGACGCUAUGGCCUUUCGGAAGAGGGCAAAGGAAUUACUUCAGCUAGCAGCCAAAACAUUAAAUGAACUGGGAGUGCCCUUCUGGCUGAGCAGUGGAACUUGUCUAGGAUGGUAUCGACAAUGCAGUAUUAUUCCUUAUAGCAAAGACGUCGACCUAGGAAUUUUUAUUCAAGAUUACAAACCUGAUAUUAUUUUGGCAUUUCAAAAUGCAGGACUUCCACUCAAACACAAGUUUGGGAAGGUAGAAGACAGCUUGGAACUAUCCUUCCAGGGAAAAGAUGAUGUAAAACUUGACAUUUUUUUCUUCUAUGAAGAGACUGACCAUAUGUGGAAUGGAGGCACUCAGGCCAAAACAGGAAAAAAGUUUAAGUACCUGUUUCCCAAGUUCACACUGUGUUGGACUGAGUUUGUAGACAUGAAAGUCCAUGUGCCCUGUGAAACAGUUGACUACAUUGAAGCCAACUAUGGUAAGACCUGGAAGAUUCCUGUCCAGACGUGGGACUGGAAGAGCUCACCUCCAAAUGUGCAGCCCAAUGGAAUCUGGCCUAUUUCUGAAUGGGAUGAGGUUAUCCAGUUGUACUAAGAUGCAAUGUUAAGGAGGGACAUUUCCCAAAAAGAAGACGGGUAACUGUUUAAAGCGCUGCUGUCUUUUUGCCUCACAAGAGAGCCAAAGAAGAUAAACGACAAGUUUGAAGACAAAAAUGUUCUAACUCAUGGGCUAUCUAAUUAGCUCUGUCAUUCAGCAUUUACUGAGGAGUUUAUUCACCAGGUAAAAUGGUAGGUGGUUCUGGUGGACGGGUGGAGAUGAAUGAGCAAAUGCCUGCCUCUCUCUUGUCAUGUUGGUAAGCACUCCCGUUUUCUUUGAAGGGAUUCUCCCCACCCUCUGAAGAGCUGAUGUACACUAUGAUGUAUUGCAUAAUGAAUCUUAAAGUGUUAUACUGGAAAGUGAGCUCAUCAGACAAUACUAAGGAAGGGUGCAUUAGUUAGGAAUGAUUCAUUCCUGCCUGCCCUCAGGAUUGAAGCUGCUGUGUUAGUGCCACUUUUAAGGUUGAGAAACACUUCAGUGAGUGGUUAGAUUUUGUGUGGCAUAGAGAAAGAUAGUGGCAGACUCAGUUUGCAAGCCAUGUGAUCCACAGUUGGCUAAAGCACAGGGUGAUUUGUAAAGGAAGAUGAGAGCCAAUUUCAAGUCUUGUCAGGACGCAUAUUGUUUUCAUAUCUGAAGUGAGAAGUUGAUGCCUAUGUGAUGCUUAAGUUUCUGACAUCAUAGGAAUUUCUUCACUGACCCACAGUAGCACUUGUUGAUAAGUCUCUCAGUCACACUGUCCGAAAGUUGUGAUUUUGCAAAGCUCACUGUCCUUAUUUCAUUCUCUAUCACUCUUAGAUUUAAGAAAUAGGAGGUAUUCAUGGGUAUUUUCCUAUUUUCUGAACUUAUAACUCUCCUAUCCUUAAUUAUAAUAUUGGCACUAAAUACUAAAGAUACACCUCUGAGUUUUCUAAAUAUACCCUUUAUUUAUUUAUCUCCCAUAACUCUGUUUCUUUAAUUUAUAACCUACACACUAGUUUAUUUAGCAUAAAGGUAUGACUGACUGUUUUUCUAUCCAGUAUUACCUCAGGUUUCCAAGAUGGAGGCUUAAUGUGAACCUGAUAACUCUUCCUCAUUACAGAUCACACUGUUUUUAAAAUCUGUGUCCAUCUCUAGAUUUUCCUUCUGCUGAGUAUAAUAGUACAAGGACUGAGACGUCCCUCCUCCCAAGCAGUAUACCUGCUGGGCCCCCUCCUCCCAAGUACUACACCUGCUGGACCCCUUUACCUCCCUUUUCUUCUCAGAAUACACUGGUGAGUAGGCUGGGUUAGCUGCACCCAUCUCUUUACCUGUACCUAAGCAAUGUGCUCUAAAUGAGGUAUGCAGGGGAGUCUGCCACAGUAAAUGCUGCCUGGGCGAGGAUGCCCUCUAUUCUCUGCUGCUUAGGGAUGCUUCCCAUGGCAGCCUGGAGGAUUUCCCUUUGAAACUAUAGUUACUCAAAUGGAAACCAGAAUCUCUAAAAGAAUGGGCUGGCAGAAAUUUAAACAAACAAACAAACAAAGAAACCUCGGGGGAAAUCACUUGAAGCCACCCCCUUCCAAAUUUUAACAACUCUUUGAUGGAUGAUAAGCAGCCAUUUGUGAAGAUGCAUCCUCUGUAUAGGAAUACUGAGUCUCAUCAUACCGUCAGAAUCAGAUUUUCAGAACCAUUAUAAUUAUUAUCAAACUUGUCCCCAAAUUACAGGUCAUAAACAGUUCUUUCCUAGAAAAUAAGUCCACAGAAUAUGUAUCCAAGUUUUAGAUACCCAACCCUAAUUUUAUUUUUAUACACCAGAAAUAUAACAUGAUAAUAAUGUUGAGGAAAACCCACCCUGUCUGGAGAGGGCCAUUUGCAUGUACUCGGUAUCCAGAAGGAAGUGCACUCAUAUCACAUCUCUUGAGAGCGCCCAUCUUCUGCCAGGACCUCUUACCUACUCCUGUUCAAAUUACUUUGUACAAGUAUCCAUCUUUAGAAUUCAAGGUCUGGAAGUGUCCAGAAUACAGGCUAUCUUGGCCAUGGUCAGAGGUCUGUAUUCUUCUCUACACAGAGCACACUUCUUGUCUUCCCUCUGGUUUGGCUUUAGGGUUGAGGUUCUAUCCUACCCUGCUGAAAAUGAAAGCCUUUCCCCAGAAUCUGAAGGUGAGACCGGCUUCUGAAAAUGAUCCCAUUAUUCAGUCACAGUGAAGCCUGUGCUUCUUAACCUUUGAACUCUGCUGAGUGUCCUGAGACCUUGGGUUAGGUGUGCCCACCACCUGUACCUUCUCAGAUCACUUUUCUUUCCUCCUUGAACAUGCUGACUGUCCUCCUCCUAUAUGACUACUUUCUGGUCCCAUUGCCUGACUUGCUUGAAGAUACCUCUUCUAGUAACUUAUUGGUAGUUAUGUAACCAAGGAUAUCUCCAGAGAGACCCUGAGAAGCCAGUUCUUUCUCGGUUUGCAACAGCCAGCUGCUUCUCCAAGCACAGAGCACAUGCCCUGCUCUUGGCUGCAGUUACUGACAUCUGGCCACUGAGAUAAAAUAGUAAUCACACUGGACAUCCCUAAGAAUAGCUGAGCAGUUAGAGAGGGGGGCUUCCCAGAUUCCCUAACUACAGACCCUGAAAUGUGGCUGCUGUGUACUUAGUGAAGCAUUCAUUCUAGUCCUCUUUUUCUCUGCCAGUGAGUAAUCCCUGGAAGGACUGAGCUGAGCAAAACAGCUGAGGCUGAGAUCCAAGCAUUUUUUACUUCAGUCUGCUGCUGUCUGCAGUCCUGAGCUCUGUUCUUAGUGCAGCCUCCAUGACAUUUCACUUCGGUGACACUAAAUGCCUGAGGUGACAAAGAUGCUAAGGAGGAAUGUUUCUUUCUUG